UCAGCUGCGCGGUUCGAAUCGACGGAAACUGAAAGUUCUUGGCUUUUAUAAUCGAAAGUGAAAAAAAAGUGAUCAAGUGCACGCAAAGUGAUCAAGUCCUGCGAAACAAUGAGAGCACUGCCUAUAUUUUGUCUGAUUUCUCAACUUUUGGCCAUAGCUCAAACGGAAUCCGGUGAAUUCGAGAAACUACUGAUUCCUGGAUCGUAUGCAAAACCGGGAGCAAGUAGAGCAGUGCAGGGUAAUCAAACAAGUGGACACUCUGUGGCUGCACGCUCCUACUACGAUGGUGGACACUCCGCAGGACAGACCAGCUGCUCCGUGGGCACAGAGUGCACUCCUCUGCACGAUUGUACGGCCCUGAUCUAUGAGGUGGCUCGGAGCUGCUACUAUGGCGACAAAUCGCUAUACUGCGGCGGGACUAGCGAGGAACUGCCUUACGUGUGCUGUCCCAGCAGUCCGCUGGAGAAGAACCAGGUGUGCGGAAAGUCACUAGUUCAGGGACAUUUUUACAAGGGUUUGGGUUCGUAUCCGUUCGUUGCCAGAAUCGGAUUUAAACAUGUCAACACCGGAGCCUUUGCCUAUCCGUGUGCUGGGGCCGUCAUAGCCCGGCGUGUCAUCCUCACUGCCGCUCACUGUGCCCUGGCCAAGGCCGAUGGCCACCGACUGUCAUCGGUGCGCGUGGGUGAGUACGACACGUCCAGCGAUCCGGACUGUGCCAAUACCGGAUUCUGUGCCCCUCGCUCCGUGAACCAUGCCAUUAGCCACGUGAUUGUGCAUCCCGACUACAAGCAGGGCCAGUACCAUCAUGAUAUCGCCCUGCUGGUGCUCAAAACGCCGCUAAACUACUCGGUGGCCACACAACCGAUCUGCCUGCAAAAGACACGCGCCAAUUUGGUGGUGGGCAAGCGUGCCACCAUCGCCGGCUGGGGCAAGAUGUCCACGUCGAGCGUCCGGCAGCCGGAGAUGUCGCAUCUGGACGUACCGCUCACCAGCUGGGACUUGUGUCUGCGCAACUACGGAUCCACUGGCGCCCUGGAAUCCCCAAAUUCGAUUGAGGGCCAGUGGAUGUGCGCUGGAGGAGAGGGCAAGGAUGUUUGUCAAGGAUUCGGCGGUGCUCCGCUUUUCAUCCAGGAAAAUGGGAUUUUCUCACAGAUCGGCAUUAUGUCCUUUGGAUCGGAUAACUGCGGUGGCUUGCGUAUCCCAAGUGUCUAUACCUCCGUGGCCCAUUUUGCCGAGUGGAUACAUGACAACACACCGCCGGAAUAGGCUUAUUUCUCUAAGCUUAUUCAAUAAUCCUAACUUAAAAUUAAAAUUUGCAUUAUAUAAAAAAAAAAACAAAGAUACAAUUAUGCAGAGCUAAUAUACGACAUUUACCU